AUGAGUGAAUUAUCAGCGGAAGAAAAAAGAAGGAUCUUGCGUGAAAGAAGACAGGCCAAAAUGGCCAAGGGAAACGCCACUAACAGGCUUAAUGAGAUUCUUUCCCAGGGUGCUUCGGUCAAGACCAACGCUAAGUCAGUGCUCGACGAAGAUGUCAAGCCAACCACCCCUCAACCAGAACUCAAGAGUUCUGGAACACCUUUGCAUGAUGACCCUGAAGUUCCAGACAUUUCUACGCUUCUUCAGUCAAAUGCUGCGGACUCAACAAAUGAUAGUGCGCCCGAUAUGGAUGAAAUGUUCAAAAAGAUAUUCAGCGGAGCUCUUGGGCAGAAUCCUCAGGCCGCUGAGGGUGAUGCCCAGGGUGAAAAUCAAAACCCUUUCAUCUCUCAAAUAAUGCAAAUGAUGUCCGAGGGCACUGGCGAAGAAGCUGACUCAGCAAAGACAGAUGCCCAAUCUUCCUUCAAUGCUCAAAUGGUUCAGUACCGUGCUUACCAAGAGAGAAAAAUCAAGGUGCAUCUUUUGAUUAUACGCUACAUCAUUCACAUUGCCAAUUUUUUGUUUCAUUACACAACCGUUCCCCUGUUCCAGUCGUCGCCUCAUUUAUACAUUCGUGGGCUAAAUGCUGACGUACGACUGCAGGCAUUCUUCACCUACUUUCUUGCAUUUGAAAUUGUCUUCAUCUCAGCAUACUUUGGAAUUUUGGCCAGCAAAGGACUCCUAGGUGCAAAUACCAAAAAACACUUCAUCUCGAAGGCCUUGAAUUUCGGCUCGCUUGUAUUACCUUCCAUCACUCGGUACCGUCAUUUGAUCGAGUCGAUACUUGUCUACUCCGAGGGAGUGGGAAUAUUUGCCGGUGAUGUAGCAUUGAUAGUGGUGCUAUUCGGCGUUGUCAGCUUAUACGGUUAA